CGGUCUGGAACUCUCUAGAUCGCCCAUACUGGCCCAGCUUGUACAAUGGCUUUCGUUCCCAAGAUGCCAUACUCGAUAUACACGAUCUCACGAUGCCCUCCUAGCCAGCCGCCACGGCAUGGAGGGCUUCAUGGACUCAGGGACACAGACGGACGCUGUGGUGGUUCUCUCCUUGGCUCAGGCUGCCGUGCUGGGCCUGGUCUCCGAAAAUGAGCUCUUCGGAGCCACCAUAAGUGCUGAGGCCUUCUACCCAGAACUAGGACCGGAUCUACCUGGGGCGCCCAUGGGAGAGCCUGGGCCACCGGGCCCGGAGGUCUACCAGCUGUCCUGCAACGGACGGGGCCUGGAAGAGCCCCCCGAGGAGGAGGUGCUGGAGGUCGAGGCAGCCUUUGAGAAGCACACCCGGAGAAAGACGCGCCCGCCCGUGCGGCUGGUGCCCAAGGUCAAGUUCGAGAAGGUGGAGGAGGACGAGGAGCAGGAGGUCUACGAGGUGUCCGUGCCUGGCGAUGACAAAGACCCCGCCCAGGCAGAGGCCCCCGCCGAGGUGGCCGGUGCCGGCUGCGAGGCCCUGGUGCAGAGCAGCGCCGUCAAGAUGAUUGACCUCAGCGCCUUCAGCCGGAAGCCCCGGACGCUGCGGCACCUGCCCCGAACCCCGAGGCCAGAGCUGGACGUGACCUCGUUCGACCCUCCCUUCCCUGACCCAGCUAGUGACGGCUUUCCCGAGCCCAGCAUGGCACUGCCCGGGCCAGAGGCCUUGCCUACCGAGUGUGGUUUCGAGCCACCCCACCUGGCCCCACUGAACGACCCCGAGCACCCAUCGAUGGCGUCCCCGGAACCCGUCAAGCCAGAGCAGGGCUUCGUGUGGCAAGAGCCCGGCGCCUUCGAGGGCGACGCGGUGGGCUCCACGGUGGAGCGCCACAAGAAAGCCCAGCUGGACCGGCUGGACAUCAACGUGCAGAUCGAUGACUCCUACCUGGUGGAGGCCGGCGACCGCCAGAAGCGCUGGCAGUGCCGCAUGUGCGAGAAGUCCUACACGUCCAAGUACAACCUGGUGACGCACAUCCUGGGCCACAACGGCAUCAAGCCACACUCAUGUCCCCACUGCAGCAAGCUCUUCAAGCAGCCCAGCCACCUGCAGACGCACCUGCUGACCCACCAGGGCACGCGGCCCCACAAGUGCCAGGUGUGCCACAAGGCCUUCACACAGACCAGCCACCUCAAGCGCCACAUGCUGCUGCACUCCGAGGUAAAGCCCUAUAGCUGCCACUUCUGUGGCCGUGGCUUUGCCUACCCUAGCGAGCUCAAGGCCCACGAGGUGAAGCACGAGAGCGGCCGCUGCCACGUGUGUGUCGAAUGUGGCCUGGACUUCUCCACCCUGACCCAGCUCAAGCGCCACCUGGCCUCCCACCAGGGCCCUACCCUCUACCAGUGCCUCGAGUGUGACAAGUCCUUCCACUACCGUAGCCAGCUGCAGAACCACAUGCUCAAACACCAGAACGUGAGGCCCUUUGUGUGCACAGAGUGUGGCAUGGAGUUCAGUCAGAUCCACCACCUCAAGCAGCACUCACUCACCCACAAGGGCGUGAAGGAGUUCAAGUGUGAGGUAUGUGGCCGGGAGUUCACCCUGCAGGCCAACAUGAAACGUCACAUGCUGAUCCACACCAGCGUCCGGCCCUACCAGUGCCACAUCUGCUUCAAGACCUUCGUGCAGAAGCAGACCCUCAAGACCCACAUGAUUGUACACUCGCCUGUGAAGCCGUUCAAGUGCAAGGUGUGUGGGAAAUCCUUCAACCGCAUGUACAACCUGCUAGGCCACAUGCACCUGCACGCGGGCAGUAAGCCCUUCAAGUGCCCCUACUGCUCCAGCAAGUUCAACCUCAAGGGCAACCUGAGCCGGCACAUGAAGGUCAAGCAUGGCGUCAUGGACAUCGGCCUGGACAGCCAAGACCCCAUGAUGGAACUGGCAGGCCCUGACCCCUCUGAGCUUGACAGCCAGCAGGAGAUGGAGGACUUCGAGGAGAAUGCCUUCCCCUACACCAACGUAGACAGCAACGCUGAAGCCAGUGUCCUCGCUGAGCAGGCCGUGAAGGAGAUGGCCUACUACAACGUGCUAUAGCGGGCCGGCCGAGCCAGUGGGGAGGGCUCAGGAUGAGACCCACGUGCUGAGGGCUGCACCUUUGCAGCCUAGAACCAAGCUACUGCCCGCCCCAGUCCCAUCCCCUCCCCAAGUCAUUUGCACCACUAGGGACCUUUAGACCAAAUGGAGACUGUACUACUGUCCUCACAGGGAGCUGGGUACACACCCAGACACCCUAGAGGGAAGGGUGACCAGGAGACCCAAAGUCUGGUUCCCCUUGGCCUGCUGUGGUGGGUGAGUGGGAGCAAUGCCGGUGGGCCAUUAGGGGACAAGGCACAAGGGCACAGACUUGCAGGGUCUCUCUGUGCCAUCUGUGGCCCAACAGAGCUCUUCAGGGGUCCUGCAGUUGCAGGAAGACAAUGCUUGAGCCAGGCCUUGUUUCUCUUCUGGGCUGACACCUGCCUGUAGGAAUGUCUGAGUUCCUGUGCUGUUCAGCACUGCCCAGGCCCAAGAGCCCUUUCCCGUCCCCAUCACUAAGUAAUCAGGCAGGCAAGGCAACUCUACCUUCUACCUCCUGGGCCUCCCCUCGCACCAUCCAGGCACGCAUGCGGCCCCAAUCCUGCUUGUAAGAAAGCCAGGGAGCCCAGCCUCCGGCUAACGCCCACCCAGCUAGCCGCCAGGGCACCCCAUCCCACAGCCCUGUUUGGAAGAAGAGUGUCCCUCAUGUGUUUCAACAAAUGUCAUCCAGUUCUGUCCUGAGCCAAGGUCACCAACCACAGUCUGGAUUUGUACCAGGCACACACGAACAGACAUGUGGAGGUCCCUUGAGCUAGGAGGCAGGGUAGGAUGAGGAAUCCCUAGAACCCAAAAGGGGCUGUCCUCAAGGGAGGCCAAGGACCACCUGUGAGAAGAGGGGUACUGGAAUUAUUUCUUAACAAGCAGGUAUCGUGAGGAGAGGCUGAACCGCAGGUCAGCAAGCUCCCAGAGAAAAUCAACAUAUUAAAAAUGAAGACCAUAGAAAAAAAAAUAAUUUUGAGCAAAUGGGAAUAUUUUGGAGGUAAUUUAUUGUUACUUUUCUUUCCAGCUCUGUGUCACCUAUCAUCUUUCUUGAUUGAGAUGCAACUUUUUUUCCCCCCCAACAUAGGCUUUCUCGUGUGCUGUGUGUGUUUCCUGCCUCCCCUUACCUAGUGAAGCUGGGCCCUCCCUGUGGGAUUUGGGCUUGGUGAGGACCAGCAGUCCCUGGCUGGGAGCCUCAGGGGGCUGGGCCAGGAAGGAGGAGGAGGCGGAUAGAGCAGAGCAACUCCCGGCCCUCCAGGCCCCUCUGGCCUGGUGGUUCUAUGCCAUCCAGGCGGCUAGGUCCACUGACGCCAUUCAGCCAACGCCCCCCUCCUCACCUGCCCAUUCUUUUCCCACCGAACAUGGCCGUGACUAGCACAUUCAGGAACUCCAGGGCACCCCAACUUCUAUCUACGCAUAUCCUGAGGUCCCUGUGGGGAAAAGGCAGGCAGCGCCAACCCCAAAGGCACAGAUGAAGCCACCAGCUUUGGCUGAAAAACCAAGAGGGGGAAGGAACCAACUGGAGUGGGGCUGGGAUGGAUUCGAAGUGAAGCUGCCCCCCCCUCAACCUGUGCACCCAAGUAAAACAUCAUGGCAGGUCUCAGGGUGACUGAUCAAGACUGGGGGAGGGGAUGGACAUGGUGGCUCCCAAGCACCCACCCUCUUCCCCAGGCCGCCUAGGUGCCCACCACGAUGACCCUCAGGUGACAGUGACUUUGCAUCACUGUACAAGACAUUUCUCCUGCUGAGCAGAAGGCACUGCCCCUGCAACUACCUCUUCCCGCGACGUCUUUCUCCCCUGGUACCAAAAAGCACCCCGUACCUCCUCCUCCUCAUCAGCGCAGUGGCCUUGGUCUUGGAAACAGAAGGGAAAAGUGUGGCCUGGGCAGGGUCUUUCCCUGUCUCCCAGCCUGCCAUCAGCACCGGCCCUCUGCGGAGUUCCACACUCAAAUGCCCCUGCCCUGUGCCUUGUACCUGGGCAAUGCAGAGAGGAGCACGCAGCACAGCGCACGGCGGAGCCGGGGGUAGUCCUGGUAAGGCUCCAGCCUCACCCCUCCCAGCCUUCUCAAAAGGGUGACUCGGAAACUCCUGGACGGAUUCCAAUCUAACUUAUUUUGAUGUGUAUACAAACCAACUGGUUAGCAAUUCCACUUGUGCAGAGCCCUACUGUGUUUUUAUGUUCCUGUUUAAAAGAGAAGUUUACUUAGCAAUAAUUAUAAAUAAAUGAAUAUUCUUUAGUGA